AUGUCUUCUCGGAAGCAAGUAACGCCGCUGCAAUCUAUCCUGGCUGGGGGAGCUGCCGGGGGCUUUGAAAGUUUGAUCACGUACCCUACCGAGUAUCUGAAGACCCGUCAACAACUGCUUCAGCCCGGAGCUACGGAGACACAGUCACUUGUACGCUUGUUGACAUCCACUAUCCGGCAACAUGGAAUCAGUGCCCUCUAUACCGGCAGCGGAGUAUUCUGCUCCUCGAAUGCCUCCAAGUCAGCAAUUCGAUUCUUCACAUUCGACCUAGCUCGAGGUUCCAUGCCGGCUGAUACAGCGGGCAAGGUGACACCCAUCGGAAACAUGUGUGCUGGUUUGCUCGCAGGCGUGGCAGAGGCCGUUAUCGUAGUGACACCGGGAGAAACUAUCAAAACCAAGAUGAUUGACGACCGAGCUGGUCCGAGGCUGUAUCGAUCAACUAACCAUGGAAUCAUUUCCAUUCUCGCGAAGAAUGGAUGGUCGGGACUAUACCGCGGCGUUAUUCCAGUGACAUUGAAACAAUCGGCCAAUGCGAUGGUACGAUUCACGAGUUACAACAUAUUUUUGAACCAGAUGGAGGUCUUUUCGGUCCCCAAUUCGGCCGGUACAGUCCUUGCAGGUGCCAUGGCAGGCGUCGUUACGGUUUAUGCCACCAUGCCGUUCGAUUCCAUCAAGACACGACUACAGGCAAUCGAUGGCAGUACACGAUAUCGAGGCUCACUAGACUGCCUUCGUUCUGUGGUUACCCAAGAGGGGACUUCUGCCCUGUGGCGAGGAACUACGCCACGGCUAGUUCGGCUCAGUGUGAGUAAUACUUAG